UUCGCCUCCGUGCCGUGCCAGUCCGCGGCAGAGAGACAGCACAUCUCCCGGCGUCAAGAGCGAUGGACGGUUUGGACGUGUGCGCCAUGAAAUAUGGGUGAUGGGCAACCGGUUUAUGAAUGACUGACGGCUCCAUUGCCCAACAGUAUCGGCCGACAUGAUCGCGACGGGCGGGCUUCUGCGUAUCUCCAGGCGCCAGGACUCGGUGCGCUCCAAGACACGGGCGGAGAGCAAGCGGCUGCGGCGGGCGAGGAAGAGGAAGAGGAAGAACGACGUGGUGGUGGUGAAGGGCAAGCUGCAGGUGUGCUCGGCCUCGGGCCUAGUGGCCGCCGUGGGCGUCCUAGUGCUUAUGGUGGGCAUCGCCAUGGCCGUGCUGGGUUACUGGCCAAAGCACAAGCUUGAGUACUCAGCGACGUGGGCCGCAAACAACCUCCAGGCCACUAGGGUUAGCACGCCGAGGGGAAGCGCUCUCCAGAUGGCUUGGAACCACACGGGUAGUGCUAAGCUUAGCCAGCAGAGGGAGCUGAACGUGACUCGAGGGAACAUGAGCACCCUGGAGCUGUCGCCGUCGCCGGUCACGCCGGUCACACCUGAGCCACUGGGGCUUGUGGGAGCGCUGCUGGCCGGCUGGCUGCACUCGGACCAGCUGAAAAUGUUCGGGCCGCUGGUGAUGGGCAUGGGCAUCUUCCUGUUCAUCUGUGCCAACGCCGUGCUGCACGAGGAGCGUGACCGCCAGACCAAGGUCAUCGACCUGCGCGACAUCUACUCCACUGUCAUUGAUGCGCACGGUCUGCGCGCCAAAGACCAUUCGCCACCACCGCUCAACGGCCUCGUCAACUACGCCCAGGCGUGUAGUGGUGGCGUGGAGACGAACGCGGAGCACAGGGCAGGACGUUCACACGGCUCCUGGCCAUCGACGCUCUGGGGGUUCGGCUCCGGAGGAGGGGGGUCUCGAAGGCCCUCGUGUGCACGGAGGUGCAGCUGGUGGCGGGACGGGGGCGACGGCGUGUACAGUGUGUACCGGGAGCAGGAGAGAGGGCCAGUGGCGGCGGUGAUGGCAGCGCGGGGGCCGUGGGAGACGGGCUCCAUCGUCACGUCCUCCCUGAACGCCUUCACGCUGCCUGUCAUCAAACUCAACAACCGCGAGAUGGCGGAGGGGGUGCAGGACACUGAGGAGCAGCAGGUGGAGCAACAGGAGGAAGAAGAGGAGGAGGAGUAUGUAAGGAGGGAGACGCGGGGGAGGAGAAAGGAGGUGGAGGAGGAGAGGAGCACGGAGAGCAAGGAUGGAAGCUCUUUGCCUGUCGCCAUAGAAACCAAAGCCGAGAUCUCUCGGGCAGACGUGUCCGACUCCCAGAGUUCCCUGGGCACCACAAAAAGGUGGGGGGGUUCGAGGUCAUUGUCGCCGCGGUGGUCGCUCUCGGAGGGCGGCGUAGCUCCUCCGGUGGCGGUGGCAGCAUCGGGGCGAAAGGUCGCGGGGUCGCACCUGUCCCUCACUUCCCUCUCUGAUGCAGCGAGCUUCCGCUGGCCGUUGGGCGGCGGCGGUCGCCAUGAAGACCGCUCCCGCCGAUUCAGCUGCCCCAGGCUGGAACGCUCGGGCAGCAAGGGCUACAUCAAGCUGGCUGACCUGGGGGGCGAGUCGUUUGAGGCGCCAGAUGGUGGGGCACUAACCCCUGGAACAGAACAAGCUGGAGGAUCGGCAACAGGGUCAGCAGUGUCCGAGGUGGAGGCGUCAUCAGCGUCGUCAUCGGUGGUGGUUCUGGUGGAGACAGAGGAGCUCUCUCACGGGCAGAGACGAGCGGCAGGGACUCUCUUAGAACACACACUCGUAGAACACACUCCAGUUCACACACCACAGCAGCCGGUCGCUCACCCACAUGCGGUCGUUGGUUGCUCCCCUAGCAGGUUUAGCAGUACAGGGGGGGAUCACUAACACACACACACACACACACACACACACACACACACACACACACACACACACACACACACAGUCACUACAGGAACUACCUGGCCACACAGAGGAAUAGACUCACUACAGCUGUCAAGCUGAACCACAUCCACUGCACGCUGUGUGCACUUGCCCGUUUGAUAUGUAUGAAAGUUAGCUCAUCAUACCUGCAGUAAAUGCCAAACUGCACCCAGAACUUUUAGACAUUUGGUAGCAUGUUCAUCCUUUUCACCAAUUAGUGAUCAUUAAAAGACACCUUGUUUUUAUAUAGUUACAAAAAUAGUGAGCUGCACUUUAGUCUUAUAUUCAAAGGCACACCACAGGGAAUACAGACACACAUGCACACACACACACACACACACACACACACACACACACACACACACACACACACACACACACACACACACACACACACACACACACACACAGUGUUUGCAGUAGCUUUAUAUGAGCAUAUAAUGUUCAAAUUUGUUCUACACCAGUGCACACACAUUCAAGUAAGUCUGACAUUUUAAAUGAAUUGAAAUAGUAUUGUGUACUUAUAUAGAGAUAUCAGUCUACACCUAAUUAGUAACAAUGGGACAUAUGGGAGAGUAUCAUCCCAACUCACAAGCCAUUCAUUAAUUUAUACCUAUAAAGCUGCAGUAUGUAAUUAUGUUUGUUUGUUUGUUUGAAGUUGUAUGAAGUUAAAGUUACAGUGUGUGAUUCUAAUUCAAAACACUUUUUAAAUCAAGUUCAGCAAAUCCCUCUUCCCAAUCCUCUAGUUGUCCAUUCAGUGUGUAUGUGCUUAGUGUUCAUAGAGUCUGUAAGUCAAGCUCUUUAAGCCGUUUGGGAGCAUUGUAGAUAAAAGCACCUUUUGAAGUUUUGUUUUUUAAACAGCUCAAAUAAACUCUAAAGUCAGG